AUGGCAGCACCAGUCGCACUCCCAACAAUCGAAUUCAUCAACACCGAGGCUACCCUCCAAGACCUCUCCUCAGCCGUCACCCUCCUCUUCGAGCCCGCACCUCCAAUCGUCGCCCACCUCUACUCCCACCGACCUUACGCCUCCUUCUCCUCCUUGAUCGACGAGACUGAAGUCCUUCUCUCCAACCCUGACAAAUACCUCACCCUGCAAGAACAAUUGGACGUUAUCAAUGCCCAUCCCCGGAUCGGCGCCGCAAAAGCCAACCUCUCCGCUCUCUCGUUAAUCGAACAAGGGUAUACACCUGAGGAUGCUGCCAAGAAAGUGGAUGCGACCGCUACGCCGAGCGCGGAUGAUAAGGAGACGCAGAGGACUUUGAAGAGGUUGAAUGAGGAGUAUGAGGCCAAGUAUGGGUUCAAGUUUGUGGUCUUUGUGAAUGGACGGCCUAGGAGUGUGAUUAUUCCGGUCAUGGAAGAGAGGAUCAGGAACUCGACCAAGGAGGCUGAGAUGAAGGUGGCUAUGGAUGAUAUGGUUGCUAUUGCGAGGGACCGUCUCAAGAAGUUGAACGCCGCCAAGCUCUAA